AUGAAGCCUAUAGUGUUCCAUGCACUUGGUGACAUGAAAAAGAAAGUUCAGGAUGAUAAUCUCAAAAUUGUGGGGUUAUCGAGUCCAAUAAGACCAAGUUAUGCUGCAAACAUUACAAAAAUGUUAGUGAAAGCUGGUCUUGAUCCUGAAAAAGUAUCCACACAAACAGUAGCACCUUUUGACUCCGUGCUAACUCACGCACAAGCCAAAUCCCUUCAGCAAGGAAUUCCUAUUAUUGCCACAAGGGAAGGAUUGGGCUAUCAAGCCGCGGAAGAAAAGCUCUCUGUAAAUAUGAUUACAGUUGAAGGGGCCUCGGAUGAUGGGAUUGGAGAUGAGACACAUCCCAUACCAACACAAUCUGAAGAAGGAGGUCAGGCUACAAUUGACGAGCUUCGCGAAGUCAAUCUUGGUGAUGAAGGAGAAAAUAAGCCAACUUUCAUAAGUGCAAACUUGGCAGAGGAAAAGGCUCAAAGGUACAUGUCUUUUCUAAAAGAGCAUCACGAUGUUUUUGCACGGACCUACAACGAAAUGCCUGGACUUGAUCCUGGAGUUGCAAUUCAUAGAUUCGCAAUCCAUCCUGAGAAAUGGCCUGUUAAACAAGCGCCAAGAAGGGCACGGCCAGAAUUGAUGUCCCAAAUCGAGGCUAAAGUCGAUAAACUCCUUACAGCUGGAUUCAUCAGAGAGGUUAAAUACCCGACUUGGUUGGCAAACAUAGUCCCAGUUCCGAAAAAGAAUGGGAAAAUAUGGAUUUGUAUUGACUUCUGCGAUCUCAAUGAAGCUUGUCCUAAAGAUGAUUUUCCUUUACCCAUCACUGAACUUCUGGUUGAUGCAACCACAGGUUACGAAAUCUUGUCAUUCAUGGACGGAUAUUCGGGUUAUAAUCAAAUCCGAAUGGCUCCUGAAGAUGAAGAACUGGCAGCUUUUAGAUCUCUGAAAGGGAUCUUUUGCUACAUAGUGAUGCCUUUUGGUCUAAAAAAUGCAGGGGCAACAUACCAAAGAUCAAUGACAGUGAUAUUUGGUGAUAUGUUGCAUAACAUCGUUGAGUGCUAUGUUGAUGAUCUUGUCGCCAAAACCAGAAAUAAGGAAGAUCAUUUGGAUGACUUGAAGCAAAUUUUUGAACGCUUAAGGCGGUACAAGCUCAAGAUGAACCCGUUAAAGUGCGCUUUUGGGGUUUGUUCAGGUAAAUUCCUUGGCUUUGUAGUUCAAAGCAAAGGAAUCGAAAUUGAUCCUGCGAAAAUCAAGGCUAUCUUUGAAAUGCCUCCUCCCAAAAAUUUGAAGGAGUUGAAAGGGUUACAAGGAAGAUUAGCCUAUAUAAGAAGGUUCAUCUUUAACUUGGCAGGGCGAUGCUUGCCAUUCUCAAGGCUAAUGAAAAAGGGUGUACCCUUCGAAUGGGAUCAAUCAUGCCAAAACGCGUUUGAUAGUAUCAAGGCAUAUCUCUUGAAACCCCCGGUACUUACGAGCCCAACCAAAGGAAAACCAUUGUUGCUAUACAUUGCUGCUCUUGACUGCUCAUUGGGAGCCCUUUUGGCCCAACAUAACGAACAAGGGAAAGAACAGGCUUUGUAUUAUCUAAGUCGUACUUUGGUUGGUGCAGAACUCAACUACUCUCCGAUUGAGAAAACAUGUCUCACUUUGGUGUUCGCCUUGCAAAAGUUAAGACAUUACGUCUUGGAGCAUGAAGUCAAAUGGAUAUCAAAGGCUGACCCUUUAAAGUAUAUACUGUCAAGGCCAAUACUCUCUGGGAAAAUUGAUAAAUGGGCUAUAAUCCUCCAACAAUUUGCAAUUGAAUAUGUUUUCCAAAAAGCAAUAAAAGGUCAAGCCUUAGCAGAUUUUUUAGCAGCUCACCCUAUCCCUGAUGAUUCACCUCUAGCCAUUGAUUUACCAGAUGAGGAGGUCAUGCAAGUUGAAGCUCAAAAAGCAUGGGAGAUGUACUUCGAUGGGGCAACAAGGAGUCCAAAUGGCCAAAAGCAAGACGAUCUAAAAAAUAACAAAUCUGGAAUCGGUGUUGUGUUCGUCAAACCAAAUAAUGCCAUAAUUCCUCAUUCCUUUGCCUUGACAGAAGGAUGUUCAAACAAUGAGGCAGAAUAUGAAGCUGUAAUUGCUGGAUUGGAAUUGGCAUUGCAUGUACCGAUUGAAGAGCUCUUAGUCUAUGGAGAUUCUGAGUUGGUGAUAAAGCAGUUGCGUGGAGAAUAUAUUGUUAAAAAAGCAAGCUUGGCCCCACAUCAUGAAAGGGCUAAGCCAGUUGCUUUCACAAUUCAAGAAAGGAGAAUAACUGUUACAGUUGGAGAAAGAAGAGUUCUACAACUCUUAACUGAAAUCUCAGAAGUACUGCUAGUAUUUGCAGCCACAACAAAUGAAAGUGACGAAGAUUGGCGCAAGCCCUUUAUAAAUUACCUCCAACAUGGUAGGCUUCCAGAGGAUAAAACAAAAAGGGCAGAGGUAAGGCGUCGAGCCACAAAAUUCAUCAUGUGGAAGGACGCAUUAUACAAAAGAUCCUUGGAUGGAAUGUAUAUGCGUUGCAUAGCCAACGAACAAGCUCAUGAAGUUAUGGCGGAAGUUCAUAGUGGUGUAUGUGGAGCACACCAAAGUGGUCCAAAGUUACAUAUGCAAUUGAAACGCCUUGGAUACUAUUGGCCAACCAUGAUUUCUGACUGCAUUAAUUAUGCAAAAAGUUGCCAAGUUUGCCAAUAUCAUGGAAAUUUUAUCCAUCAGCCUCCAGAGCCUUUACAUGUGACAACAUGCUCUUGGCCAUUUGCAGCAUGGGGCAUCGAUGUUAUUGGGCCUAUCAAGCCAUCAUCCUCUGCGGGUGAUAAAUAUAUCAUAGCUGCCACUGAUUAUUUCUCAAAAUGGGCAGAAGCAAUUGCUUUGAAAGAAAUGAAGAGUGGGAAUGUCUCAGAUUUCAUCCGAACCCAUAUCAUCUAUAGGUUUGGGGUCUGUUUCCCACUUUUCCGCCGGGUAGGCGUGAGCGGAAAAUCCAAUGGCGCGUGUGCGACAUGA